UAAUGGUCCUGAGUGUCAGGAUGGACAACAGCCGGACAUCGUCUCAUCAUUCAUACUGUCUUACAGGCAGGAAAGAGGAUAAUGGCUCCACAUGGGAACCAGAGCAACGUCGGGACCACAGAGUUUGUCCUGGCGGGCUUGCCGAAUCUUAACGGCACGGGAGUGGACCCGUUCUCCAUGUUCUUUCUUAUUUACCUGUUGACUCUGACAGGCAACGUGCUAAUUGUUGGGGUGGUAGGAGCCGAUCGCCGCCUGCAGACGCCAAUGUAUUUCUUCCUGGGUAAUUUGUCCUGCCUAGAGAUUCUGAUUACGUCUGUCAUCAUCCCUAAGAUGCUGAGCAAUUUCCUCUCAAGGCAGCACACCAUUUCCUUUGCUGCGUGCAUCACUCAGUUUUAUUUUUACUUCUUUCUCGGGGCCUCCGAGUUCCUGCUGUUGGCGGUCAUGUCUGUGGAUCGCUACCUGGCCAUCUGCCGUCCUCUGCGCUACCCCUUGCUCAUGAAUGGAGCUGUGUGCUGUCGUGUGGCCGUGGCCUGCUGGAUGGGGGGCCUCCUUCCUGUGCUGGGCCCCACAGUGGCUGUGUACUUGCUUCCUUUCUGCAAACAGGGUGCCGUGGUACAGCAUUUCUUCUGUGACAGCGGUCCGUUGCUCCACCUGGCAUGUACCAACACCACAAAACUGGAGGAGGCUGACUUUGUCCUGGCUUUUCUUGUCAUUGUAUCCUCUUUCACUAUUACCGCUGCGUCCUAUGGCCGCAUAGUCCUGGCGGUCCUGCGCAUGCCCUCUGCUGCAGGCCGCCAGAAGGCCUUCUCCACCUGCACCGCCCACUUGGUGGUGGUGACCCUCUUCUACGGAAGUGCCGUGUUUCUGUACGUGAGGCCAUCCCAGAGUGGCUCUGUGGACACUAACUGGUCAGUAACAGUGAUAACAACGUUUGUGACACCUCUGCUGAAUCCGUUUAUCUACGCUUUGCGCAACAAGCAAGUCAAGGACGCUUUGAAAGACAUGUUCAGGAAGGUGCUAGCCGAGCUCUUAGAACAUUCUUUACUUGGGAAGAAUUUGAGAAGGCAGACAUCCGCAGUCCCUCAGCAUCGCUUCUGCCGCCGGAAGCUUCGCGGCCACCAAUCCGCGACUCCGCGCGAGGCGGGCGAUGGCUUUGCAAGUCUGACGGACGCUUGUCCUUCCAGCAGAAGGCGCUCGGAUCCGCAGUACAGAAGGACCCAGAAGAAGCGCAACGCAGCGCUGCGGGUUCACGUCUCCCCCCGGAGUGUCCACGCAGACCCCGCUUCCCGCCGCAUCUCCGGCCCGAUUCUGAAAACAGGCAGAGACCCUGUCUUCGCUUCUUCCGGGGAGAAUUCAGGGUUUCGGGGUUCCGUGCUUUUGGAUUUGGGCGAAGAGACUGCAGUGGCUCAUUGCGUCCACUAG